CCGGCUUCCGGCGCGCUGACUUGUGCUCGGCGCUGCCAUGUGUCGCUGGCGACAGGAGGCUGCCGGGCGGCCUGGGCAUCCGAGGCCAUCGCGGGUACCCGGCGGCGCUCGCGCCCUGCUAAGGCCAGAGGAGGAUCGGCCGUGGGGGCAGCGCCGCGGGGAUGGGGUCGCGGCCGGGGGCGGCGUCCCGGCGCCGGCUGACCGCAUGUCCUCCUCGCGGCGCUGCCUCGGGGAAGUGACGCCGCUCACGCCGCUGCUCCCCGGCCGACGGCGCCCGCCACCCCGCUUUCACCGGAAGCCCUUGCGGAAUCCGCCGAGUGUGCUCGGGGGUCUCGGCCCGCCGUUCCGGAGACUGAUCGCAGCUGGAGAGUACUUGCCGGGAAGACUGGCAGGAGGGCAGCUCUGGAUGCCAGACCCAGAGGGAGGAGUGGAAUCUGGAAGCAGGUUGAGGCUUUCAGCAGACUUGGGAUCUGCCUCUUCAGUCCACGUGCAGACGCUGACCACACCGGCCUCGAGGACACACACAGUCUCAUGUUUCUGUGGUCCUGUGAGCAAGGCGUUGACUGAACUCUGGCCCAUCUUCAGAUGUUCAAAUAGCAGCCAGCUUUGGGACAUACAAGGGAGUGCCUCCCUCUGGGGCAGAGAGCAGCAUGCUUGAAACUGGCGGGCCACCUUGUCACCCUGCCCAGCACAUGACAGUACUGUCCGCGGUCCCCCAGUGUGUCAGCCGCCGCAAUCCCAAGACGCAAGAGCCCUGAGAGAUGGCCUCGGUGGCUGCCAAGCCAUUCCUGGCAUCUGCAGUGGUUUGGAUGCCGCUGCGCUGUCUGCUUCCAAAACAAGGCUCGUCGCUGUCAUUGUGAUCCCGGCCCCUCUGACAGCUCCUGUGUGGGAAGAUGGGGAUAGUUAAUAAAAUCUUUUCAGUGUGUGGUUCA